AUGUACCAUGUUAUUGCCAUGUUACUGUCAGACACUGCCCAUUCUGUGUACCAUGUUAUUGCCAUGUUACUGUCAGAAACUGCACAUUCUGUGUACCAUGUUAUUGCCAUGUUACUGUCAGACACUGCACAUUCUGUGUACCAUGUUAUUGCCAUGUUACUGUCGGACACUGCCCAUUCUUUGUACCAUGUUAUUGCCAUGUUACUGUUGGACACUGCCCAUUCUGUGUACCAUGUUAUUGCCAUGUCACUGUCGGACACUGCACAUUCUGUGUACCAUGUUAUUGCCAUGUCACUGUCGGACACUGCACAUUCUGUGUACCAUGUUAUUGCCAUGUUACUGUCAGACACUGCACAUUCUGUGUACCAUGUUAUUGCCAUGUUACUGUCAGACACUGCACAUUCUGUGUACCAUGUUAUUGCCAUGUCACUGUCGGACACUGCCCAUUCUUUGUACCAUGUUAUUGCCAUGUUACUGUUGGACACUGCCCAUUCUGUGUACCAUGUUAUUGCCAUGUCACUGUCGGACACUGCACAUUCUGUGUACCAUGUUAUUGCCAUGUUACUGUCAGACACUGCACAUUCUGUGUACCAUGUUAUUGCCAUGUCACUGUCGGACACUGCCCAUUCUGUGUACCAUGUUAUUGCCAUGUUACUGUUGGACACUGCCCAUUCUGUGUACCAUGUUAUUGCCAUGUCACUGUCGGACACUGCACAUUCUGUGUACCAUGUUAUUGCAAUGUCACUGUUAGACACUGUGCAUUCUGUGUACCAUGUUAUUGCCAUGUCACUGUUGGACACCUCACAUUCUGUGUACCAUGUUAUUGCCAUGUCACUGUCAGACACUGCACAUUCUAUGAACCAUGUUAUUGCCGUGUCACUGUCGGACACUGCACAUUCUAUGUACCAUGUUAUUGCAAUGUCACUGUCGGACACCACACAUUCUGUGUACCAUAUUAUUGCCAUGUUACUGUCGGACACUGCACAUUCUGUGUACCAUGUUAUUGCCAUGUCACUGUCAGACACUGCACAUUCUGUGCUGUCAUUAUUUAAUUCCUUUUAUUUUAAUUUUAGAUAA